AUGCCUCAACCGGACAGAAUACUUUUGGUUGUAUCAAUUUUAGAAGGUCGAAAUUUUCCAUCACGAAAUGGUUAUUAUAUAACCGUUGAAGCAAAAUUUGAUGGUGAAAUAUUGACGACAGAUCCUGUCGAACAUGCAACAGUGCCAGAUGUGAACCAAGAAUUAGCAUGGGAGUUAGACAAAAAAACAUUUCAGCACCAUAAGUUACAACGAAGUGUUAUCAAAUGUAAUACGUGGGUAAAUGGACCUGGUAUCAGUAACGAGAAUAAAGAGAAUAUUGGCUAUUUUAUUAUUGAUGUUAGACCAGUUAACAACAGUCAGAAAAUUCGAUGGUACCACUUGUUACAAACAAAGUAUCCUAAAUCGAAACCGGAAUUUAGAAUAUGCGUAUAUGUUGAAGAUGACCGACAAACUAAAAGUUCGACGUCUUCAUCUAAAAUUGCAAAAGCUUCAAUAUCGGGCACAGGAGCUUCCUCCUCAUUAUCUUCCAAAGCGAAAUUGCAACCAGUCUUACUUGAAGAUCAAGGCUACUAUUUACUUGGGCCAGAAUCACCACAAGCCGAAAUAUUCUCACUUGCUAUCACAAUUAGAGUUGCCAAAAAUCUUAUACAUCUUGUUCCAGCUCAAUACAAUUUGUCAACAACAGAUGGCUUCUUCUUCUAUUACACCCUAUUUGGCAAUGAUAUUACAUCAGAAACAUUUUACGACUUAUUAAACCCAAAAUUUUAUCCAGAAAGAGCAAGUGUUCGUAUUCGUACUACUCAACAAAUAUUACGUUCAUACCUGGAAUCACAUGAACCCUUAGAAUUUUCAUUUUGGUCUGCGAAUGAUUUAUUGGGUAAAGCAGUAAUACCUCUACAUAGAAUCGUACAAUCUUUGCAAACAAAAAAAGCAGCAUUUGAUAUUUUAAAUGAAGAAUUUACUCUGAAAUUACAAUCUCCAACACUAAAACCAAAAGAGAAACAGCAACAAGAAGAAGAUCAAGAGAGAGAUGAAACGACAAGACCAAUUGUUGUUGUUGAGGUUAAAUUAACUAGAGAAAAUGCAUUAGAAAAUGGCGAUGAUAGCAAAACAAUAACAAUAGCUACAGCGACAGGAACAGUUAGCGAAGGGCAAAAGCGACCACCACAGAAUGAACAAACAAAUUUAACGUCAAUAACACAUGAUCAGACAAAAACAUCAAACAGUGCCCAUCAUUCAUCGAAAAAGCAAAACUAUCAGCCUCCCAUUCGAGAACAUGCUCAAUUACUAUCUGUUAACAAUCAUGCUCUACAAUCGUCAGCGAAUGACGGUUUCCAUAAUGAUGGCGAUGUAAUUAAUAUCAAUGAUUCCCGUCAAUCGCCAUCACAAAUACUUACCUCUCCAUUAACAACGAUAAGUACCGACACAAUUUCUCAUCAUUUUUGUCUGUCAAUUGAUUUAAAAUCCAUUCGUAAUGUCAAAACAACGCAUCCGCUCUAUUUAUACUGUAAAUAUCAAUAUCCAUUUUUGGGCACAUCUGAACCGAUCUUAACUCAUCCUCCAAUACUGUUUGAACGCUAUCAGCAAGAUCUUCAACUACCUCAUUCAUUUUGUACAUUCGAUUUUGCUUGUAUGUGGCAACAAUUAAUUGAAAAUUUCAAACAUGACCCUAUUCAGGUUGACGUAUGUGUAAGGGAUAAAGGUGAAUCAACACGAACAAAUAAAGAUUAUUUAUUUGGACAAGUUAAAUUACAGUUAUACAGAUUAUUACAACAAGAAAAACAACGAUGUUCAAAUUCAAAUGGAAUCAUUGGUUGGAGACAAACAUAUAGUCAAGUUUUGUCAAUUAUAAAUUCAACAAACGAAAAAUGUGGUGAAUUAUUAGUGACUAUUUCAUUGGAAGAUUUAGGUCCAUUACAUCUGAAUACCAUAGCACAACAAAAUCGUUCACAAUCUGUUCCACCGCUGCCACAACAGAAUAUUGACUUAGAUAAUGUAUUUCAACAUCCGACUGAUAAUGCACAGGUACAAGUGGCUUAUGAAUUACAAUUAUGGAAAGAAACUAGAGAACUUGAAUUCGAAAAACAUCUACGAGAAAUCGAAGCAAAAAAAGUUUAUGAAUUGAUGGAAGCAUUUAAAGAGAAAGAUCGUGGACGAGAAUCACUUUUACAGAAAAAAAUGAAAGAGUAUAGUGAAUUAGAGAAACAAAUGAAAAAAGCUGUUAGUGAAGUUGAAAGACGUGAAAAAUUGUUAGCUAAUAAUGAGCAAGAGAUUCAACGUUUACAAAUUGAUUUAAAGCGGGAUUAUGAUCUUAAACAUAUUGAAAUGAGAGAAGCAUCGAAACGUUUACAAGAACAAUCAGAUCAUCAAAUAACAUUGGAGAAGAAUAAAGCAUCAGCUUUAGAAGACGACAUCAUUCGCUUAAAACGAUCAGCUGCUGAAUGGGAAAAACGUUAUCGUGAUAAAGAAGCAGAAUAUUUUCAAUAUAAAGAAAAACAACGAACAGUACCAGAAGUAAAAUUACAAGCUGAAAUAAAUAUGUUAAAUCUAGAGAAAAAUGAACUUGAACGUCGAUUAGAACAAGCAAAUGUUUCGACAGAACGAUAUAAACAACAGUGGCAAAAAGCGUUGAGAGAAUUUCAACGAGUUAAACAGCGUGAACAAGAACAAUCAAAAGCAACAUUGAAAAAACAACAACAAGAACUUGAACAUAUGAGAUUAAGAUAUUUGGCUGCUGAAGAGAAUGAAGUAAUGAAAGGUGAUCAUAAACAACUCGAAGAAAUUAAAAAUGAAUUAAACAGAUUGAAACAAACGUCAGCCACAAGCGGGAAUCAAAAUGAUAUUUUGUCCUCAGACAAUAGUGGUUUUGAUAAUGUAAUGACGUAUGACGAUCAAUCAUUAGAUCAACAAUUAGCUGUUCUUAUUCAACAUCGUGAUGAUUUGUUGAGAACUCGUGUGUAUACACAUCAAGAUACGUUAAUUAAAGAAUUAGAACGACGAAUACAAGAGGCGAUGAAACGAAAAGCGGAGCAAUGA